AUGCCCAAUAUCAAGUAUCGCGCGUCACCACCGAACGAAGAUGGCCUAUAUGCCGCAUUGGCAAAGAUGGAAGCUACAGACGCAGCUUCUAUUUAUAUUCUCCGCAAACGGAGCCAACACGAGCCGCUACGUAAUAUUAUUUCAGGGCUAUGGUUUGCAAUUCUCUAUCGGGCAGUCGAGCAUCACACACCCAGUGCAAAAGUAAUGCGCAAGAACUCGCGACGUCUUGCUAUUCACGACCUUACGGCUUGUCUACGGGACGGAAAUGAGAUUUCUAGUCAUAACGAGAAUAUUAGCAAGAUGAUCUCGAAGCGUAUGAGGUCGGGACUAGCUUCGUGGACUAUGAUUUCACAAGGACCAGGCCUCCUGGCCAUCGUCAAUGUCUCGAAUCCCCCUUCGAAGAAAGAACUUCGCAACUUUCUAUCCGAUUUGCCAGACGAUGAUAAGCACCAUUCAAAUCGAUAUCGAACCGUUAUUCAGAGGAUCCUAGGAUUCAUUGAGAAAACUUUGAGAAGAACGCAGAGCUUAUACCGGUACGUGGAGAAGGCAUUACGGGAUGUCAUCGACCUGGUCAAUUGCGAAACCUACCGCGGGGACGAUGACGUCGAAGAAGCUGACAUUCAGCAUCCUCGAUAUCCCAAUAGUUAUAUCUGGUUCGACUCAUCUUGUAACGGCUAUAGUAUAUCGCUUGAGGCAUCAUUUAACAAGAGCACCUAUCCGCGUUAUAUAGUGCAGUAUGAUUCGCCAAUCUUUAUCUGCGUUCAAUCGGGGGAUAUUCACGGUGCCCAAGCAUUGUUCCAGGGGGAAAAGGCAUCGAUUUACGAUGUUGAUCCGUAUAACCUUGGACUCCUCUAUUAUGCAAGUUAUUAUUGCUGGAGGUGCAAUGGGGCAGGAAGUGCGAUACGUAUGUGUAGGAUGUUGAUUCAAAUGGGGGCGGAUAUGAGUAUGAUAGAUGAAGUUGGGAAUGCGCCUAUUCACACGAUGACCGACUCGGCUUUAGUGGAGAGAUGCAGACACCUAGGAUCGGCAGCUCUUAUUGAUGUGGGACGUCUCUAUAACAUGAGCAGUCAAGAACUUGUUGAGGAGCAUCGGUCUAGUUCCAAGCUCACAACACUUCAUGAAACUCUCCUCAACAUCAAUCCAGAAUAUACCAGCCUACCAGAACAUCUUCAAUCAUUACAGAGACUCGGAACUCUCGCAGAGCUGAUCGACAAGCCGGAUUCGCGCGGUCGAAGUGCUCUUGCGUGGGCCGUCGAAUACGGCAUGGCUAAUAGUGUUCAAGCACUAUUGAGCUUUGGCGCCAACUGCUGUCAAUAUAGAAAGUCCUCCCAGAGCCAAUUCCCGCUACUGCAUCUUGUGAUUGCUGGGCCGCCGCCGCCGCUAACAUCAGGCUUCCUCGAGGUAGUCAAGAUAUUACUAGCCACAGAGAUCGAUAUUAAUGCGAGGGAUGAUGAGGGUUGGUCGGCUUGGCAUGUGGCAGCAUCUUGGAGAUCUUAUGAUAUCCUACGCUUGAUUAUGCGUACUCAUGGGACUUGUGUAAAAUUAGAUUUACGGACAAAUAAUGGAGCAUCAGCACAUGACCUGUCGCAAGACGCGGAUUUCUACGGAAGGCUUCUGCCGAACUGGCGUAGUAGAUACUAG